AACCUUUUACGUCUUCUUCUUCGUUUCCAGAGAAAGCAGCAGCGCAAUGGAUGAAGAGGCCAGCAAUCUGGAGACGGGGAAAGCUGAGAGAUCGGUAUGGUUGAUGAAGUGUCCGCCCGUGGUUUCCAAGUCAUGGCAGUCUCACUCCGCCGCCUCCAAUCCUCAUCCUGUCGCCAAAGUCAUUGUCUCCGUUGAUCCUCUCCGUUCCGACGACCCUUCUUCCCUCCAGUUUAUGAUGGAGAUGGCUGGCAACGGUACUGGUAAUAUGCCAAAGAACUACUCUUUGAAUAUGUUCAAGGAUUUUGUUCCUAUGUCUGUUUUCUCAGAAACAAAUCAAGGUAAAGUGGCAGUAGAGGGGAAGAUUGAACACAAGUUUGAUAUGAAACCUCAUAAUACUAACUUGGAAGAGUAUAGUAAAAUGUGCCGUGAGAGAACAAACAAAUCGAAUAUUAAAAAUAGACAAGUACAGGUGAUUGACAAUGACCGAGGAAUGCAUAUGAGGCCCAUGCCCGGGAUGAUUGGUUUGUCUGCCUCCAGCUCCUCUAAUAAGGAUAAGAAGAAAACAACAACACCAGUUAAGCCAAUAGAUGUGAAGAGAACGAGAAGAGAUCGUGGUGAACUGGAGGAUAUCAUGUUCAAGCUUUUCGAAAGACAACCUAAUUGGACAUUGAAGCAAUUAGUCCAAGAAACAGAUCAACCUGCGCAAUUCUUGAAAGAGAUAUUGAAUGAACUUUGUGUUUACAAUAAAAGAGGAUCUAACCAAGGAACAUAUGAGCUCAAGCCCGAGUAUAAAAAGUCUAUUGAGGAUGCAGGUGCUGAUUGAUUGAUUCAUUACUUCUCUGGCUGUACAAUUGUUUUCGGGGUACUAUAACUAGAUAGGAAGGAAAUGUGCGAUAAAUCUAUUAUAAUGUUCUCUAUUUUUAUUUAUGUGAUACAAUAGUAAACUCUGAAUUUUGUGGGAUAUGAACAGGUGAAAAGACAAAAAUUGAGUUGUGCUAAGUGAUGUCCGACCUAGUGUUAUAAAAAUGAAUGUGCUUGAGUA